UCGCCGUUCGAUCUAUUAGGAGAUCUGUCUCCCAAAGCAAGCUCUCUCACCAGCACCUAGCUGGCUGCUUCUUGGCGGACCUUAUCCGUAAUCUGCGUACUCGGUCGAUCACAGCAGGUCCACCACCGCCGGAGGAGAACAAUCGCUGGCGGUACCCUUUCCCAGACAACAGAGUUCGUCAGCCCCGUCCUGAGCACGUCGCUGGGUGUCAAGGAGCACUUCUGUGGCCUCUUCCUCCCGCCGGGGUGAUUGUUUCGCUGGCGCGUUGAGAGAAUACAGCAUGGCGAAGAAGGCUAAGGGUGUGGCUGCGGGGAGCGGAGGAGCAGGCGUGCCCUCCCCGGAGAAUAGGAAGAGGAAACAAGGCAACAGCAAGGGGGGCGCUGCUGCAGGUAAGAAGUCGAAAUCGAACUUGGUGCUGGCAGAGGAAGAAGCAGUUGUCGCUGCGGCCGAUAUUGCAGCAGCUGCUCCCGAUCCGAAUACCAGCAAAUCGUCGGCGACGGCGAACGGGGCAGCCGAACCGGCGGCAUCGUCGACCAGGGGCACGACGAAGUCGACGAAAGCAGUAAACGCAGCAAACGGGCAGGCAGCAGCAGCAGCAGCAGCAGCAGCGUCGGCGCCGACAAGCCCCGACAAACCGAAAGCGAAAAAGAAGAAGAACAAGACGCCCAAGAAGCAGCAGCGGCAGGACGACGACACCGCCGUUGCUGCUGCGCCGCCGGCCGGAGCCGUUGCCGCUCCGCCGGCGGCGGCACCAGCUCCCGGCAAAGCAUCGAGUGCGGCUAAGGACAAGAAGGCAAAGGGCUCUAGCACUCCCAAGGCAUUGAAAGAGGCGGCUUUCGCCAAUGGGGCCGGCAGCAGCAACACCGCCGUUGCUGCGGCACAGGCCGGAGUGGGCACCGAACCGCCACCGCCAGCGGCGGCUCCCGGCAAAGCAUCGACUGCGGCUAAAGGCAAGAAGGGUAAAGGCUCAGGUGCUCCCAAGGCAUCGAAAGAGGCGACUGUCGCCAAUGGGGGCGGGAGCAGCAACGGCGGCAUCAAGCAGGGGAAGCAGACCAAGAAGGCCAGCAAGCAAGCGACCCCGACGCCGCCGCCACCAGCAACCUCCUCCUCCUCAUCUUCCUCUGCCUCUGAUGUCGGUGGCUCGGCUUCGGACGGCAGCGGUAGCGACGACGACAGUGGCGACGACGAAGAGCAGAAGCAAGCACCGACGGCCUCCAAGAAGGUAGGCGCCACGAAAGCUUCGACCACAGGCAAGGGAAAGGGACGGGCAGCAGCGGCAACAACAGCAGCAGCAGCAGCAGCAGUGGAGACAACUGCUACCACGGGCAAGCGAAAGGCCGGUGGCGCCGCCGGUGCAUCCGCCGCCGCUGAUGACGAUGGGGACGAAGGUACCACCGACACGGACGAGGAGACCACCCGAGACACUAAGAAAAACAAGUCGUCUGGUGUGCAAUCCCAAGCCCCCCCUCCCAAUCCGGCGGCGGCGGCGGCGGUGCAAGAGGUCCGCCCUCGGGCGUCUUGCGCCAAGUGCAAGGGCAAGGAGCAAGACCAGGACCAGAACCUGCUCAUCUUCUGCGCCGCGUGCGACAGGGGUUUCCACACCAGGUGCCUGAACAAGAAGAAGAGCAAGGAUGUCGUGCAUUGGGUCUGCCAGGAGUGCUUCGAUAAGACCAAGGCAGUCUACGAGUGCCUCGAGCCGGCGCUCCAGCACCGGCCCCCCGGGAGCACUCCCGGCGCGCUCCAUGGCAAGAACACCUGGGUGUGCUUCCACUGCGAGUGCGCCAUUCCGGUCGUGGUGCCGGCGGGAGAAGACGACCCGGACGCGAUGGCCGCGCUCGAGUGGUCCGCCGGAAGCGGGUUCGGCGCGCCUGCCUUCCAGGGGAAGCUGCGGGCGUUCUGGGAGGCGGAGCACGCGAGGGCCGCUCGGGAGCACGAGGAGAGCGUGCGCAGGAGGCGGGAGCGGCAGGAGGAGGAGAAGAAGAUCGCGGAGAAAGAUGUGAGAUGA